CCUGCUGACAAUUCAUGCUUAGCAUGAAAGUAAUGCUCCCUUUGUAUGGUUUGGAAUAAGAGAUUUGCAGCAUGCAAGUGCUUUUUCCCUGUUUACUUUUAACUUCUGGUUUCUUGGAUCUGAUUCCUAGUAGGCGGUGUCAUCUUGAAACAACUCCAUCCACAUCCUUCUCUUCAAGCUUAGAGGUCUUUUCAAUAAAGGCAUGAUGAACAUGAAUGCUUCUGGUUUACUCUUUUUCUUCUUAGCAAUAUGCUUGACUUCCACAGUCGAAGGACAGAGCCAUCGGGUAAAUUCUAUGCAAUGUGACAGGAAGCUUACAUAUACACGGACUACACCUUGUACUUCCUGUGCUGUAUCCAACACAGUGCGAUGCCCAGAAGGCUGGAUUAAAGAGUCCCAGAUACUAGGGGAGAAACGCUGCAGCUAUACAGUAAAGCUGGAUGAGAAUACCCUCUUACUAUCAGGUUGCAGUCGCACAUGUAAGAAGACAAUUGAGGAGAAACGCUGUUGUGAUGGAUACUGGGGUUCUGAGUGCUAUGAAUGCCCCGGUGGAUCUAACCCAUGCAAUGGCCAUGGGAUUUGUCUGGAUGGUUUGAGAGGAAAUGGAACUUGUACCUGUGAGGAGAACUAUGCUGGCUAUGCUUGCCAAGAUUGCCGGGAUGCGAAUCGUUUUGGCCCUAAUUGUCAAUAUGUAUGUGAGUGUCAGCAUGGGAUUUGCAACAGUGGGGUCUUGGGUGAUGGAAGUUGUACCUGCUAUGCUCAUUUCACUGGCCCAAAGUGUGACCAAGAACUUUCCCACUGUGGGGGUGUAGUCUGUGACACCAACUCCCAUUGUGUGAUGAAGAACCAGCAGGCAAGGUGUGAAUGUUUACCGGGCUACAAGAAAAUUGGGAACACCUGUCAAGCCCAGGAUCCUUGCCGUCCGUCCCCAUGCUCCUCAUUUGCUGUUUGCAAUCCUGUUGGGCUAACUGAGUAUGAAUGUACCUGCAAAGAGGGGUAUGAUGGAAAUGGAAGAACUUGCCAACCCAUCAAUGCUUGUCUCGAAAAUAAUGGAGGCUGCCCUGAAAAUUCUACGAUCUGUAGAUUCUUAACUCCAGGAAAGUCAAUGUGCCUCUGUAGAUCGGGAAUGGUUGGCUCGCCUUCUCAAAGCGGGUGCUCGCCUAGUAAGCACCAAUGUCGAAUGCACGGUUGUGAGAGUUCUUCACAUUGUGAAGUUGACGCUGAUGGAACUGUCAGCUGUGUCUGCAAAGAUGGAGAGAUUGGAGAUGGCCGGAGCUGCUACACAACCGUCCUGCAUGAGAUCUCUCGGUUGAAUUCGCGGGGAAAUCUUAACAUGAAACUGAGGGCCGCAAAAAGAAUAUUUGAAUUAGGUUGCUCACUACUCCUGGAAAAAUAUGGACCUUUUACUGUUUUUGUGCCAUAUCUUCACUACGACAGAUUAGACAUUAAUGCCGCAGUUGCCGAGAAUUUAUGUAAAAUGUACAUAAUUCCUGGUCAGCAUUUGUUGGAGGAUUUGCGAAAAACCAAGGUCCUGUGGACAUUGUCUGGACAUCAAGUGACAUUUGGUGAUCAGUUAGCCAGCCGCUCCUUCAAGUUUUCAGAUGACCCACAAAAUGCGUUUAUCACCCAAUCAAACCUGCCAGCUUCUAAUGGCAUUAUACAUAUUGUCGGCAAUUUAAGGGGGGGAACUACCUUGGAAGACCUCGGAAACUCUCAGAAAACAAUUGGGGAGAUAAUUGCUUCACUGGAGAUUGCCAGCCGAUUUGAAACUAUAUUGGAAAACUGUGGUCUGCCUUCAAUUCUGGAUGGCCCUGGACCUUUCACUGUAUUUGUACCAAGUAACGAAGCUGUUGAAAAAUUAAGAGAUGGAAGGCUUAUUUAUCUCUUCACAGAGGGAAUAAGCAAGCUCCAGGAACUUGUGAAACACCAUAUCUACACAUCAGCAGCGGUGCGAGUAGAAAGACUGAUGAUGAUGCCACACAUUCUGACCAUGGCAAAUCAAAUACUGACAGUCCAUGUUGGUGAGGAUGGAAGAAUUUUUCUGGGUGACUCAGAAGUUGCCAUAAACAAAAGGAAUAUUUUGGCAUCAAAUGGUAUCAUUCAUACUUUGGAUGGCAUCUUCAUUCCUCCAUCAAUAAUCCCCAUUCUGCCUCACAGAUGCAGUGAACAGCAGUACAAAGUUGUAGCAGGAUCUUGUGUUGACUGUGAUGCCCUGAAUACCAGUUUUUGCCCACUGCAAAGCACAGUUGUGGAGCAUGGGACAUAUCCAGGGGAAUGUGUUUACAUCCAUGAUCCAUCAGGCUUGAAUAUUAUGAAGAGGGGUUGCAAUAGACACUGCAACCAAACCAUUAUGACACCUGGAUGUUGCAAAGGAUUCUUUGGCCCUGCCUGUACCCCAUGUCCUGGUGGGUUUACCAAUCCAUGCUAUGGCAGAGGAAAUUGCACUGAUGGGAUUCUAGGGAAUGGCCAGUGUCGCUGCUUUGAGAGAUUCAAAGGAAUUGCCUGCCACAUCUGUUCGAACCCAAACAAACACGGAGAGAACUGUGAUGAAGAUUGUGGCUGCAUUCAUGGCAUCUGUGACAACAGACCAGGAAGCAGGGGAGUGUGCCAGACCGGGUCGUGUAAGGCUGGAUAUACUGGGGAAUUCUGUGAUCAAAUCUCCCAGAACUGUGGGCCUGUUGGUGCCUCUCUGAACUGCCAUCAGAAUGCAGUCUGCCACCUGAAUGACACUGCAAGGUGCAUUUGCCUUGAUGGAUAUGAAGGAGAUGGCUUUUCCUGCCAGCCUAUUGAUGUCUGUUUGAAGCCAGAACGAGGAGGCUGCUCUGAAAAUGCAAUGUGCAACAGCACGGGCCCUGGCCUAGCAACUUGCCAGUGCAACAAGGGUUGGACUGGGGAUGGGGAGGCCUGUAUUGCAAUAGACCAAUGCAGGAUGGAGACCAGAGGAAACUGCCACAUCAAUGCUGACUGCAAUUACAUUGGGCCAGGACAGAGCAGUUGUGUGUGCAAGGAAGGUUACGAUGGUGAUGGCUACAACUGUGACCCGGUUGAUCUUUGUUUGAUGAACAAUGGUGACUGCCAUGAAUUGGCUGUGUGUCAGUCUCUUGGUGGUAAGAAGACGUGCCGUUGCUCUGAAGGAUACAUUGGAGAUGGAAUUACAUGUUAUGGAGAUAUAAUAAUGGAAUUGGCAAGAAACCACCAAUUUUCUGCCUUCUUUGAAUGGAUUAAGCAAUCUCUCCCCAGCAUCCCAAGAGAAGGCAACGUGACUGUGCUGGUGCCACUGAAGGCAGCCAUCCAAAACCUGAGCAAGGCUGAAGAAGAUUUCUGGCUGAAGCCAAACAUGCUACCAUUUCUAGUCAGGGCCCACUUUCUGCAGGGUUCUUUCACAACUGAGCAACUCAAGGAAUGUGUGGGUCAGCAACUAUCCACCCUCAAUCCCCGGGCCAGGUGGGAAAUAAAGAGCAGCAGUGGGACAAUUACCAUUCAGAAUGCAAGUAUUGUACUUGGCGACAUCCCUGCUAUUAACAGUACUAUUUAUAUAAUUGAUAAGGUUUUGUUACCACCCUUGGAUGUCAUCCCACCCAUUCAUCCACGUCUGGAGCAGCAACUUAGCAUGACACCCUCCUUCAGUCGGUUCAGAGAGCUGCUAGAGCAAUACCAGUUGAUUGGAGAGAUUGAGUCAUCUGAACAAUAUACCAUUUUUGUCCCAGGAAAUAGUUCAAUUGAGGAAUAUUAUCAAGCAUCAAAUAUUACACAACUGGAUGACAGCACUGUUCGGUACCAUGUCAUACUUGGAGAGAAGCUGUUUCCCAAGGACCUGAUAAGUGGAGUUCACAAAAGCACCAUGUUAGGUUUCUCCUACUGGCUGAUAUUUUACAAGAACACUACUCAGGCAUAUGUAAACCAAAUCCUCUUGAAUGGUGAAUUCUUUGAAACAAGAAAUGGGAUGUUGAUUGGGGUUUCUCAAGUUCUACAAAUUCAGAAAAAUCGCUGUACUACAAAUACCACAACAGUGAUAAAGUCAAGAUGUGCCAAGUGUAACAGACGGAUCAAGUGUCCAAAAGGAUCAGUACUUGCAGAAACACCAGGGAAAGGGAAUCGCCCUCACUGUAUUUAUAAGUCUGGAAAUUUGAAAUUGGUCGGCUGUUAUUUCACCUGUGUUAAAGUUUCAUUAGUCUCUGUCUGCUGUCAAGGUUACUAUGGCAAUAUGUGUGAGAUGUGCCCAGGAAAGCCAGGCAAUUGGUGUUCUGGAAAUGGGGUGUGUCAGGAUGGCAUUGAUGGCAGUGGAGAGUGCCAAUGCCAUGAAGGUUACCAUGGCACCGCCUGUGAAAUGUGUCAGGCAGGGAGAUAUGGAGCCAACUGUACAUCAGAAUGCAGUUGCAAGAAUGGGAUAUGCAAUGACGGAUUACUGGGAAAUGGAAACUGCGAAUGUAACCCAGGCUGGAAGGGGGCUAAUUGUGACAAAGAAAUUGGAAUUGAUUUCUGUAAUGGCACUUGCCAUGUGGAGGCCAAUUGCAUCAGUGGCUCUAACAUUUCUCAACCUUCUUGCUUGUGUUCUGCGGGAUACACUGGGAAUGGAACCCAUUGUACAGAAAUAGAUCCCUGUGCAGUGGGUAACGGUGGCUGCUCCACAUAUGCCAAUUGUACUAAAAAGGCACCUGGUCAGAGAAUCUGCACUUGUAAAAAAGGCUACACUGGAGAUGGGGCCAUCUGUCGGGAAAUUGAUGGAUGCUUAGACAACCAUGGAGGAUGCCAUAAAAAUGCAGUGUGCGUUAAAAUAGGUCUAGGUCUGGCAUCCUGUGUCUGCCUUCCCCCAUUCAGUGGGGAUGGUAUUAAAGAGUGUGAGCUCUAUGAUCCUUGCAAGAAGGACAAUGGAGGUUGCAGUCCACUCGCUCUCUGCAUUGGCAGUUCUUCUGGAAGUCGAGUCUGUCUUUGUGUGACGGGUGUUGGAGACGGCUAUACAUGCAAGAGAUCAAUUUGGGAGGAACUCUCUGAAAAAGACGCUGCAUCCACAUUCUUUCAUUAUGUACAGGCCCAUAAUGUUAUUGAGAUCAAGGGAUCUGGAUCGUACACUGUUUUCGUCCCACAUGUCAAUUCUCUGCAGAACGAUACCAGCACAUAUUUAGAAUGGAGAAAGAAGGGCCUUAUCAAAGAUUUGCUUCGCUAUCACAUGGUCAGCUGUCUGUCACUGCAGUCAGAUGAUCUGGAGUCCCUUGAUUCCAUCACAGCUUUAUCUGGACACACAAUAAGGAUUUCUGUGAAAGAGGACAGUGUGUAUUUAAAUGAGGAGGCAAAGAUAAUUGAAUCUGCCAUUGUACUGAAUGGUGUCAUACAUUUCAUUGACAAGGUCUUAGUCCCAUAUGACCUCCAGAAUCGCAACAUUUCAUCUAGCCUAUCAGAGAAAUCCAUCACAGAGGUUGCAAAGGCUUAUGGGUACAACAUCUACAGCAAGCUUCUAGUGGAGGCAGGACUUCUUCCUCUGGUUAAUGAAACCAUUCAUCAGCCCUUGACCAUGUUGUGGCCUACGGAUGCAGCUUUUAACUCCCUUCCAGAGAAUAUGCAAAAGUGGCUGUAUCACAAAGAGCAUCGCAGCAAGCUGGCUGCUUAUCUUAAAGGGCACAUGAUCAGGGACAUGCAGGUCACAGCUUCCAAGCUGACAGAGCUUGGUGGUUCUGUAAGGACUCUGCAUGGCUCGACCAUCUCUUUUAGCUGCAGCAAAACAAGUGCUGGGGACAUCCUGGUGGACAAUGGCAAUGCAAAGGUUGUUCAGAGGUAUAUGGAAUUUAAUGUAGGUAUUGCUUACGGUAUUGAUCAGCUGCUUGAGCCUCCAGACUUGGGAUCCCGUUGUGAUGAGUUUCGCAAUGUUGAAGUUUUGAAUGCUGACUGUGGCAGAUGUGGUUUUGAGCCACCUUGUCCUCUUGGAUCAAAUGAAUCGGGAGCAAAGCAGAAUUGUGUUUAUCUUGAACAUGGACCUUCCAGAAAUCCAUGGUAUGACUCUUUUGAUAGAAGGUUGUCCUGGCCACAGCAGUCACGCAUGGGGAGCAGAUGGUCCUAUUAUGGUCCUAUUAUGGUGCCCUCUGAAGGAUGCAAGAGAACAUGCCUUAGCACCAAGUGGAUACCUGAAUGCUGUUCAAAUCACUAUGGAAGAGACUGCCAGGUGUGUCCUGGAGGACUUGAGGCCCCAUGCAGUAAUCGUGGGACAUGUAACGAUGGGUUUAGAGGCUCAGGACAAUGCAACUGUAGCACGGCUUUCUUUGGGACAGCUUGCGAGCACUGCACCCCAGGUCGCUAUGGGCCCGAGUGCAAAGAGUGUAGUUGCACAGAGAAAGGAAUAUGCAAUGAAGGGUUGCAUGGAGAUGGCUUCUGCUUCUGCAGUGAAGGAUGGACAGGAAAGCGCUGUGAAAUCCCACUAGUGGCCAAGUGUUCACCAGCCUGUGAUCCUAACGCUGUCUGCCGAAUCAAUAAUACUUGUGAAUGCAGACUACAUUUUGAGGGAGAUGGACGCACAUGCAAAGAGAUUGACCCGUGUGGUGAAGACAAUGGAGGCUGCAGCGAGCACGCCAACUGCACACAGGCUGGGACAGAUGCUUUCUGUAGCUGCUUCUCAGACUAUCAGGGGGAUGGCUACAUCUGCAGCCCUAUCGACAGGUGUGCAGAUGGCAACAAUGGAGACUGCAGUGAGCAUGCCAUUUGCAUCAGCACAGGCCCUAAUGCACGGAGGUGUGAGUGCAAAGGAGGUUACACUGGAAAUGGAGUCCAGUGCUUGGAGGAAGCUGUCCCACCCACAGACCGUUGCUUAGAGGAAAAUGGGCAAUGCCAUCUUGAAGCUAUUUGCACUGACCUACAUUUCCAUGACAAAACAAUGGGAGUCUUCCACCUCCAGUCUCCCAAAGGAAAGUACAACUUUACUUACCAAGAUGCGAAAGCUGCCUGUGCUGCUGAGGGAGCAACUUUGGCUACUCUUCAGCAGCUCUCUGCUGCGCAGCAGAUGGGCUUCCACCUGUGCAUAGUAGGCUGGCUUUAUAACAGGACAGCUGGUUACCCAACUGUAUAUCCAAGUGGGAAAUGUGGCACUAACCAUGUUGGGAUUGUAAAUUAUGGCUUUCAGAAUGACCUCAGUAAGAAGUGGGAUGCUUAUUGCUACAGAGCUAAAGAUGUAAAGUGUGACUGUAGGGAUGGAUUUAUUGGCGACGGCUAUACUUGCAUAGGGAGUCUUGUAACUGUGCUGGGCCAGAAGGAAAACUUCUCAAUCUACUAUUCUAUGGUACUGGAUUAUGCCAAUGCCACCCAAGAAGGAUGGGAAUUUCUUGACUUUCUCUCCUCGGACACCAUUUAUAAAACCCUUUUUGUACCUCUCAACUCUGGCUUUGGGCACAAUACAUCUUUAACACUGAAUGACCUGAAGCUUCAUGUGUCAGUGAGCGAUGUGGUCCUUCUGAGCUUCAAUCUCACAGCCGGUACAGUUAUACCUUCCCAAGCAGGAUACAAUCUUUCAAUCGCAGACUCCAUGAACAACACCCAGGUCCAUGGUUCUAAGGUGAUUAAUAAUACAAUGAUCGUUGAAUGGGAUAUUCUGGCCUCCAAUGGGGUAAUUCAUGCUAUUGAGACACCUUUGAAGGUACCGUUACGGCAUCUUGAUCAGGUUACUGGUGCAGUAAAAUCAUCUGCUUCUAUGAUCAUCAGUGUGAGCACGGUUGUCAUAGUGCUGCUUUGCAUAGCUAUUGCUGGAGUGUCCUUCUACUACCUCAAAAGGAGAAACCAGGGAUUCCAGUUCCAAUACUUUAAGGCUGAGCUGGAGGAUGAUGAGCCGGCUUCCUGGGAGGAAAGGAGCCCACACUUUGUGUCCAUUCCAAAUCCCAUCUAUGGAGCAGACAGUUCUAUGUAUGAUCCGUUUGAGGAUUCCCUCCAUGGAGGAGACUUUUCAGAUAGCCAUGGAAUUCUUGGAGAUUAGCACAUGCAGAGCUAAAGUGCAACAUAAGCAGGGAACAAGCACUUAGCAGAAGCUUUGCUGUUCAGGAGGAACUGGAUGCCUUCUUGGUUGUUAGAGACUACUAAGAAGUCUAUGCCCAGACUACUAAGAAGUCUAUGCCCAGACUACUAAGAAGUCUAUGCCCAUCCAAUGGAAGCCAACUGGCAAGUCAUUUUGGGUUAUUUUAAAAAAUUCAUCAGCUUAAAGACAUCUGUUCCUUUUCUAAAAGAUAUGGGCAGGGGUCAAGGGAAGGAGCUGUAGCUUAAUGGUAGAGCACAUGCUUUGCAGGUAGACAUCCUGGUUCAAAACUUGGCAUCUUCAGGUAGGGCUAGGAAAGAGCCUUUUUCUCAAACCCUAGAGUGUCCCUACUAGCACAGAAAAUUCUGAUUUAGAUGGAUCAAUGCUCUGACUCUGUAUCAGGCAGUUUCAAAUGUGAGGAACCAGAGCGCCCCUUCCACUGGUACACACAUGGGGAUUUUGCCAGUUUUCACAUCUGAAUGCUUUGUUGGAUGCCACUUUGGAGGGUCCUCCAACCUUCAGGAGUAGCUUUUUGGAUGCUAUGAGGAUGCCAGUGGAAAGGCCCUCCUCCCCACCCACCUCCAUAAAGUCCUGUUGCAUCUGCAAGUUUCUUUUGAUCCUGCCAAUAAAGCUUAAAGCUUAUACUUCAGGAAUACUAUGACACAUGAAUGUUUUUGGUCAGUGGAGGAUGUUCAGUGGUCUAAUGAAAUCUUAAUUCAGAGGUGGAUAAUUUUACUCUGAAACUGCACUAUUGACUGUCAAUAUUCUUCCAUAUGUUACUCGAAAGACAGUUUGAAAUAAAAAACUACCUGUAAACUAUAAA